CCUCUCCUUUUGACUUCUGAAACACGACAAAAGAGAGAAGUGAGAUGAGACAGAGAGAGAUGAGAGAUUGCAAGGGAAGAAGACAAAGACCGGCCUGAGUUCGUCGCCAUUGUCACCGUCUGAGUUCGUCGCCGUCGAUCUGUCUCUACUCCUCGUCACUUUGUUCUUCCGGAAUCUGUACUCCUCCUGAGAACGCCCCUCUCUCCUCUGCAGCCGAAUCCGAAACCAACACUCGUCUCACUCUCAAUCUCCUCUCAUGUCUGCUACUUAGGUCUGGUGCUUCCUCUUCCAAGAACAGAUGAAAUCCACAUCCCAAACCCAUCUUGGAUGCAGUCUCCUUCCUACGAAGAGGCUUGGAACGAGCCACAUAUAUGAUGAAAGUUGCUUUUGGAGGUGUGGAUUCUGUGAGUCAGCCUCCACGUCAACCUGACCGUAGAAAUGAGCAGACAGGAACCUCAAAUGCUCUUGCAUUCCCAGGUUCUAAGAGUACCCAAAAGGGUAUGACAGAAUGCUCUUGUUGUAGGUCCAACUUUACAUCCAAAGGGCUUCUGUGUGCUAAGAGACAGAAGAUGUUGGAAGACAUGGAAAAAGACUUUGAAGGUGGACAAGAGGCAGAUAAGUUUGAUGGAGGAGAAGGUAGCAAAAGCAGUGGAUCGUUAGACAUUAGGCUUAGAGUGGAAAAGGUCCAAGCUCCUCUAUGUGAUUGGAAGACGGCGACGUUGGAGUACUCGUUGUGACGACGUCGGUCGUGGUGUGGUGCGGCGCUAGAAGAUAGAACUUUAGGUAUAGAAUUUUAGGUGUAGGCUUAAUAUUUUUGAAAAAAUUGGUUUAGUUUGGUUUAGUUUGAUAUACCAGUCAUAAAUAUGUAACCAAUUUCGAUAUAUAAAAAAUUUAAAAAUAUUUAUUUGUAUUUUUUAUUUUUUUCUAAUUUUUUAAUAAUGAUAUAAUAACAAUUAUUAUCUGCUA